AUGAAUAAUGAAAAUAAAAUAUGCCUCGUUAAUUUUUCAAACGACGUUUUUUAUAGCAUUAUAAAAUACUUAACAAUUAACGAAGCUCUAAAACUAAGGUUAGUGAGCAAACGAUUAUAUGAAUAUUUUAAAGAUGAGAAAGCGUAUACUUUUAAUAGUUGCAUUAGUUUAAACAACUACAUUAAAUUUGUAAGAUUUGUAAAUCCUGAUAAAUUAAGUAUUUUUUUUCUUUCCCUAUUAAAUGAUGAGGAAAAUGUUUAUUCCAAUCCACUAUUGGCAAAAGGGGAUGCCAACUUUGGAAUAAACAGAAAACAGUUGAUAGAAUGUGAUAAAUCUUUUUUAAAAAAAAUUAUUUUGAAAGGUGAAUUUUUAAGGAACACAAAUUUUUAUGAUAUAAGUAUAUUAAUAAGUUCCCAUGCAAAUACACUGGAAGAAUUAUCUAUUCAUGGAUUGAACGAUGUGAAUUGCCCUCUGUUUAUUUAUUACAAUUACAGUAUAUUAUUUGAAUUUCUUUCAAAAGAAAUAUUAAUAAAUAAUUUGCCUCUCAAACUUGUGACUAAACAUGAUUUAGAAAAUAUCCAAAACCGUAUUUUAGAACUCAGUAAACAAAAUGACAAAGUAGAGAAUGUUAUUAACAAUGGCAUACAUAGUAAUAUUGAUGAAAAUUGUCAAACAAAUUUUGCAAAUAAAACAAAACAGCAUCUUCUAUAUGAGCAUAUAAGUAUUGUAUAUAAUUGUAAUAAAAAAUGUGUUGAAAAAAUAAAAAAUUAUAAACAAAAAAUAAAUAUAAAUAAUUAUGUAACCAAUUUAAAUGCUUUAAAAGUUUUAAAUUUAACGGGUAUACAAAGUUAUGAUAUGAUAGAAAUGUUUAUACCUAUACGAAUGCCCUUUUUAAAUACUUUAAAUAUAUCAUGUUAUGAUUAUUUUUUUUAUUUUUAUCAUAUGGCUAUAUCUGUAUUCUUAUAUGGUAAAGGAGAAGAAAUUUUUACACAAUAUGCUAAUUUUAAGAGUACACAAAAUUGGGCAAAUAAAUAUACAGAGGGUGAAAAAAAAAAUAUAUCACUAGACAGACAUACAUGCAAAUAUUUUGAAAAAAAUGAUAAAAAAAAAUGUGAAAAACAAAAUGAUACAAUAUAUAAUGAUAAGGAGUUAUAUGAAUUGUUAAAAGAUAUUGAUGAUAGUUUAAUAGAGACCCAUAAAAUGUUGUCUACCUUUCAAAAACGGUAUGAGCAAAAUGCUAUAUAUUCUUAUGAACAAAAUAUAAAAAAUAAUGAAAAAAAAAUAUUUUUCACACCAGCAUAUAAAGACAAUAUAUAUAUGAACAAUAUAAAUAAUCCUGUAUAUUAUGCGGAUGGUAGUUAUAUAAAUUAUGACUCGGACAUAAAUAAUAAAGAAGGUAAUAAAUAUAUCACAAAAGGUUUGGCUAUUUAUGAAGAUAACCAUAUUAAUGAUUAUAAUAAAAAAUGUGAACAUUUGAAUAAAACUAAUUAUAAAAAUUUGAAAAAUUAUCAUAAAAUUUUAAGUUAUAGUAAAAGUGAUAGUACUUGUGAAAGUAUUAUAAAUGUUGAUAGUUUUUACUCAUUACCAAGUAAUGAAAAUUUUUCAAAGAAAAUAAAAAAUUUAAAAAGAGGGGGAUAUGUGUGGUUAAUUGAAAAUAGUAAAUAUAAAAAAAAUGUGAGUAUAGAAAUAUUAUAUUUAUUUAAAAACAUAAUUGAAAAGGAAGAGAAAAAAAGUAGAAAAAAUAUAAUAUCAUUAUUAUAUAAUUUAAAAUUAGAACAUUUUUCAUUAUUUAAUUAUAGUUUAAGUAGCCCAUUUUUAUGGUUAUUAUUAUUAGUAAAAAAUGAAAAUUUAAAAACAUUGUGUAUAUUAGAUUUAUGUCUACCACAUUUAUUAUCAGCUUUAACAUUUUUAGAGGCAUUUUUAAAACAAAAUUUAUUUAAUUUUCAAGGGAUGAUGAGAAGACGAAGAAAAAGACUGGGUAGUAUAUAUUUUAAAUUUAAUGAUGAAGAUGAAAUUCGAUUUGUUAAUCAAACGUAUUCGGCAAUUAUAAAUGAAUUAAAUAGAUCAAAUUUUCCUUCAAACAAAACAAAAAAAAAUAAAAUUUUACAUAUAGUUAUUUAUGUAUAUAAUAAUAGAAAAGAAAAUAAACAAUUUAUAAAACAUAUUCGAAAAAUUUCAAGAUCAUUAUGGCGAUGUAAUUAUAUAGUCCACUAUACAAUUCAGUAUUAUAAAUAUAAAUAUUUUAAUAAAUAUUUUGAAAUUGAUAAUUUGUAUAGAGAUUACAUACUUAAUAUUAUCAUGUCUAAUCAUAGAUUUAAUCAAUCUGCAUCCAAUCACCAUUGUUCAUCAAUCAUUCAUAAAUAA